AUGGCUGGUCGAAGAGGGAAGGUUGUGAUGAACAGCCCUAUCUCCCAUAACAUGGACUUGCAUGAAGAAUUUAUGGCUGAAACCAGAAGAGAGAGCUUGGUGAAGCUAGUAGGGCUACAGACGUUCGUCUCGGUAGCUAAGACGCUGCCCUCCGCUGAAGUGUACGAUGUCGUGGAAGGGUAUAUAAAAAUUUCGGUGGAGUGUGCGGAAAUCUUCAAGCUUCUGGAUGGGGAAAGAAAGCCCGAGGGGGAAAUGCUGUUAAUCUUUCAAGCUCUGGAAGCCAUCUUACUGAGGACAGCAAGUGACCUCUCCCAUUUUUCCAUUGUGGGCAUGAACAUAGUCAAGAAGUUGAUUCAUACCUACAUGAGAUUGGUCUAUGCUGCUUUAUAUUCUGAGAAUCACAGGAUGAGCCGAGUGUGCCUUACCCUGCUGUCAGCAAUGGUGGCCCAGGGGCCAGAUUCAGCAAGAGAUGUGUAUAGCCAUUUUGAUUUCAAUAACAAGUGUCUUCCUGGCUUGGUGAAAAAACGAGAUAAAAAGGGAAGACCUGAUGUCCGUAUGGCCUACAUCCAGUUUGCUCUCUCCUUUUUAAUCACUGGUGACAGUGCAAUCUAGAUACAAGUACUGGAAUUAAAAGAUUUCAUUCCAGAUAUUCUUCGUUCUGGAAUAAAGGAAGACAAAGUAUCUACUGUCAAUCUUCUACUUUCCACGCUGAAAACUAAGGUGGUUCAAAAUAAAAGUAUCACGAAGACUCAGAAGGUGCGCUUUUUUACCGCAGAAGUGUUGAAUCACAUAGCUUCUCUUUACCGGUGGAACGGCAUUACUGAUGUCAGCACUGAGGGCUUCAAGGUAACUGGAGAUUCUGAAGAGGUGGGAAAGGUUAUGGUACGAGAACUUGUUCAUAAUUUCUUAAUGGACCUCUGCUGCUCUCUGAAACAUGGCAUAAAUUUCUAUGAUCCAAGUCUCGGAACUUCUGGCAGAGGAGGAAAUGUGGUGCUUCUGCGUUUUGUGCUUGGUUUAAAAACUGCAACAGAAGAUGAAAAGGUUGCUGAGCUUGUGGUGAAUAUUUUUAAAGUAUGCCCAGAUUUAUUGAACAGGUACUUUAAGGACACCCAGUAUUCCUUUGUUCCUAGACUGAAGUCGGCUUGGAUGGACAAUAUCAGGUUACUGAAAAAGAUCUAUGAGGCUCAACCAGAGAUUUCCAAUUCUUUUAAGACUACAGAAUUUAUUCCUCUUCCGAAGCUGCUUUCUAUGGUGAUGGUAACAACUAUCCCUGCAGUGUGCAAUAAAAUAAUGUUCACCCAAGGACUAAAUUUACCCAGCAAAGUAGUGAAGCACAGCAUCCUAUCCCUUAUAUCAGCAGUUCUGAGAAGAGCCUUGAAGAAUAUUGAAUACUGUCUGAAUGAAGAGAUUUGGCAAAAAUCAGAAAUCUACACACCGUCAAUGAUGCAGGAAUUCAUACAGCUCUACAGAGAAGCCAUCAGCAAGCUUUUACCAGACAUGAACAAUAUAGUGGCUGUCUGGCAGUCCCUUCUGAAGCAAGAGAGAGAACUUCAUGAUGGACAAGAGGAGAAGAAGGAAAGCGCCACCUCCGCUGCCAAGGCUGUGGCUGAGGUAGCAGAAGUUGCAGAACCACAUGGUUCAGAUGAUGCUGAAACGCUCUUUCUGAAAGCUGCCCUACUGCAGGUCAUAUGCCUUUAUCAGAAGGUCGUGCCCCACUUGGUAGCACGCAGCAACUUCGAUUUUAGCAAGCUGCUUAAAGGUAUCGUCACUGAAAAGGGCCUCCGAGAGGAGAUCCCUCCUGUCCUGCAGUACCAUAUACUGAAGGUGGCCUUGGAACUGCCUGCAAAUAAAUUCGCCUGGUUCAGAGUACAGGAUGCCUCUGAGACAGAGAAGGUGUCUGGCGAAAAAUCGGUAUUCUAUUUAUUGAUGAAAAUGUUUGUUACAAGUAACCGUUCUCAUCUGAAAAUAUCAACCAAAAAACUGAUCAUUAAGGUUUUACGUGACAGUGGAGUGUUUGAGUAUACAUGGAAGGAACUUUCAAUCUGGCUGGAACACUUGGAUAAUACAAAAGAAGACAAAAAGGAAGCAGUGAUUCAGUUUUUGGAAAGGAUUCUGCUGAAACUGGUGACGAAUCCCUAUCCGUAUACAGAUAAGGCAGCAGACCUUGUUCAGGAGGCCAGCAUGCUCCAAGCUAAUAUGUUUAAACAAGACUCUGAUAAUGUCAGCAUUCCCAUCUCUCACAUUGAUGAUGUCCUGGAUAUGGUGGAUGUCCUAGUCGAGAGCAGUGAUGGCUUAGAUGAGGAAAUUGGAUUCACUUUAAAUGAAGACACUGUUAUCCAAACAUUUCCGUUUAGUGCUGUUGUUCCUGCUGCAUUAGAAGCCAGGAAUAAAUUGCUGCUUCAGACUGAAAAUGAAAAAGGAGUACACAUCGUAGAAUAUCUUGUUGCCGUUUUCACUGACCUCCUACACUCUCAGAGAGAUCCCCUUGCUCUCUGCUUGAUGUUCCAGCUCUAUGAUAAAGAUCUGCAGUCCUUGAAAGUUUCUAAGUAUCCUCAGCUCUACCAGUUUAACCAGUACUAUAAUCUGUGGAUCCCCCAGCAAAGUCGGGAGUCUGUGUUUAAAAAGCGCAAAGACGUAUGCCAAGAACCUGCUGUGGCCCUGGAUUCUGUGUUUACUACUUUGUUUAAGAAAGCCUACGAGAGAGGAAACAGUACCUUACUAGAAGAUGACAUCCAGGCAAAACUGAGAGACUUGGCUUCCCAGCUCCCAGCUGAACAGCUUUUGCUAGGAGUAAAACAUGUGUUACUGUACCUGAAAACCACAGUUGAGAACUUUGGCAGUCUUAGUAAAACUUGUGGUCCUCACCUUCUCCAUCUCUACGUGGACUUGCUGAACAGCUUGUUGUGCCAGGGCAAUCAGGUGGAGUCGGAUAAUCGUCUGAAACAAGAAGAAGUUCAGGCUGAAUCAGAUCUCUUCAUGGAUGUGGAAGCUCUGAUUGUGAUGGAGUCUUCAAAUGAUAAGACACUAGAAGAUAUGCUCAUGCUGAUUUUCAAACAUCCUACUUUGGAAAGCUGGUUCUUGGCUUUAGAACAACGUGCUCUUCCUCAGCACAGUUUAAACCCUGUGACUGUGAAGCUCCUGUCGGCUCACCUCAAUUCUGGGGUGCUCCAGCUUCUGAAAGUGGGUGCUCCAAUAUUGCAGCGCAUGGAUCACAUACAUGUAUUAUCGAAGUAUUUUGAAGCUAUCACGAGAAGUGUCUUGAAAGAGCUACGGAGUGUGGGCAAGGAAGGAAAUGGAGGCCCUCCUAAGAGGUCCCAGCAGCUGGAGGCUGUGCAGGAGUUACAUAAAUACAUGGCUGCAGCUCAGCUGAAGGAGAUCACUUUAACUAUGCUGCAGCUUCCAGAGACAAGCUUGACUGCUCAGAAAUCUGAAAAAUCCCCUAGGAAAGGGAAGCAGUUGAGCUUCUACGGGCAGCUCUUGGUACAGCUCCUCACGGAAAGCUACCGCAGGCAGCCUCAAAGAGGAGAACUGCUGCUGUCCACAGAGCACAUUAAAGCUUUGGGAAUCCUCAUGUCAGCAUCAGCCAGCGAAGAUUUGGAUAAAGUCUUCCUUGAGGCCCUCCAAAGAGAGCCUGUCUUCACGCACGCGGUCGAUGUAGAGGUGCACGUUCACUGCCUUACACAGCGGUCAGAAACCUCCCUUGCCAUUGUGGCCAUGCUGAUAAAGCACUGCAGGACUCACCUGCUGCAGUUUGAGCUGUGGUGUCUGAACAGGGCCACUGAGAAGUACUUCAAGAAAAAUAUGGAGAGCUUUCUUCCGCUCCUGAAUGUGUAUUUGCAAUACAGAGAGCAAUAUGAUUUCACUCGUCCUUCCACAGUUCUCUCGGGUGUUAUACCUGUUUUGAGAAAAGCUCUGUGGAAAGAGCUUUCCAGUGUAGCUCUAACCGCAGAAGCUUCCCACGAGGUCACAGUGAAGUUGCAAGUUCUUUCAAAAUUGUUGCCGUCUUCAGAAAGCAAAUGGCUGCGAAAUCUGAUGGACCAGCUCCCUACUGCACUCGAGAAAGCAGGAAAUCAUGAGAGUUGGAUUGUGGCAGAUGCCAUAUCUGGAGUGCUUGAAAACUCUGAAGAGGUGCAUGCUUGGAGGAAGCGCCUGUUAUCAGCCUGCAUGAAGGGAUUAAUUGUCACGUACAACAGCAAUAAAGAUGAGAGCAAGCAAGAAGCAGAGAGGUCCAUGCUGCUCAAGCUAGAAGAAUUGUUGCACUGUGUUGGAGAGGUGGACCCAGAUGACUGGUUUAGCCUUGUGAAGACAGGACUCAAGUACCGUUACAGAGAUGAAGCAUUUCUGAAAGCCCUGUAUUUGGCUAUUCAGUUAUUGUACAGGAAAAACUCCUUGCUUAGUCAGAGAUUAGUCAAGCUCUCCAAACUUCACAUGAUGGUCACACAGCACUCUCUAUUUUUAUCAACUAUUUUGAGGUCAAGAGAAGAAGAGGACACGAACAGUCAGAUGAGAGAAACCUUGGUGGAUAUUCUGCUGCUAAUAGUGAAACUCAGCCCCUCUGUGUGCGAGAGCAAUCACCUUGCUGUGCUGCUGGGUGCCUAUGGGGCUACGCUGAGUGCUGUAGAUCAGAAGAUAUUACUGCUGCUUCGGUUAUAUGAGAAGAAUAAUCAAAGCCUUGUAAAUUCCAGGAUCUUGCUAUGGGGUCCAGCAGCUGUGGAGCAUCACAAGACUUGCAAGAGUUUGGGGAAGUCACUUUGGCAGCAGCCAAGCAUGGAGGAGAUUCUGUGUCUGCUAGAUCGAGAAAAGAUGAUGAAGACAGUUCUGUCUUUCCCUCAGCAUCGCCAUCUUCUGUCAUCUGAGGAGGAGCAGGAGUCCCUGUACAGAGAUGAAAGUGUCAAGAGUCUCGAUGACUUCUAUGAUCCCUGUUUUCUACUGCAGCUCUUCAGUGAGUUGACAAGACCAGAGUGUGUAGUGGCAUGUCACAAGUUUGUAGAAGUCAACGCCUUGGGUCUAACAGUAGCUGCACUUAGUAGCUAUGAUUCCAAUAUGAGAGCAGCAGCAUAUUAUGUCCUGGGUUCCUUUCGUUCUCAUCUAGAAGGCGCUCGCUUUCGAGAGCAAAAACAGUUGCUGUAUCUCAUGGAUGUUGUGCAAAAUGGAAUCAGGCAGCAGAACCUCAGAUUUACCUUCUCCUUAACCCUCUACAUCGCUCGUGUAGCGCAGCAGAUGCUGAAGCCAGAGGAGCACAUGUACACAAAGAUAAACAGAUUCCUUCUUUCGCACCAAUAUUUGGACCUGAGGAAAGUACCAGGGUUUUUCCAGCUUUUCUACAGCUUUAAUUUGGAGCACAAAACGGAACGUGACUGGGUUCUUAGGCUCCUUGGAGAAGGGCUGCGUGAUAAAUACUGCUACCAACUUUAUGACUACCAAAGGAUUUUCCAUGUCGUUCUUUCCUUCUUCAACAGUCCCCUGUGCGAUGAGGGCUCUCAGAAUCAUAUUCUGGAAAUAUUACAAAAUGCUGCCUGUGUCACCAAAGCUGCCUAUGAACUGAUACAAGACCACAGUCUCCUGACAUGGAUACUGCAUAUCUUGGAGAAAAGGUUUCUGGAAAAUAAGAUGUUAAAUAAAAUAAUUUCUUUAGUCCAAACACUGUGGGUAACAAAUUUAGGAGGCAAGAGAGAAAGCAAGAAAGAGCCCCAGAAGAGCAGGAAGUUUCUUCCUAUUCAGCUUGUAAAUGAAUUUCUGUAUGUCUUGAUCACAUUAGUCAAACACAUUCGGACUAACUUAGAUCUGACCAAACUGACCGAGUUUUUCAGCACACUGAAUUCUGUGCUGGGCUAUCGGGCUGCAGUCAUCAAGGCCUUCAAAGAAAUGAGCCGCUUCACUGUGAAUGACAGCGCGCUCUCCAACAAGGACAUCCUGCUGCUCCUGCACAAGUGGAGCGUCCUGGAAAAGGACCUGCAGCUUCAAGAUGAUAUCCAGAGUCUUGCUCAAAAAUACCAAAUCAAAGAAUUGCUUAAAAAUAUUAAAGAAAAGAACAAAUCUCAAACCCCGCUUCUUGCAUAUCAUCACUUCCGGAAAAAAAAUGAGGUAGAAAGAGAAGAUGACGCCGAUGCAGAGCUGAAAGCCUCUGAGCUGGAGAAGUGCCGAGAGCAUCUGAGUUCCAUAUUUUCACACUGGGAGCCCGUUUUCCCAGCCGUGCCUACCAAACAUCCAGAGGAGCCCCUCAAAUCUGUAGACCUUGAAGACGAAGCAGCCGGUCUUACCUGUGCAUCCAUGUACGUAGUGACAAAAUGGCUCAUCAAGUCCAUGGUUGAGCAUAGCCUCAGAAUGCAGAACGUGCUGUCAGUUCUGCGGUGGCUGCAGAAAUGCAUCUUGCCGCACGCCGAGGCGGUGUGGGAGAUUCUUGGGGAUGCCACACUGAGAAACCACAUCUUCAAGUUCUACACCCGGGCCUGCGCGGCCAGCGAGGGGGCAGCGGGGCACUUGGAAGAGCUCUGCUUGUUCAGCUCGGUGAUGCUGCAGCUCAUGGACGCUCAGGGCCUCACUCGGAGCAGCUUCCACGAGCCUGUGAAAGCGCUGUGCCUGUCGGCCUUGACGGAAGGGGAUGAGAACAAGAAAGCUGUUUGUGUGUUCCUGACUUCUGUUUACAUUGGGGACAUGUGGCUUGGAGCACAGGAGCCAGAUAUGUUAAUAACCCACAUCAGACUGAUCCACAGCAGCACAGAUGAUGAAUUAAAUGAUGAUGAGAUGGAAACCAAUAAACAAGGAGAAGAAACUAUUGUAUCUCUUUGCAAAACCCUUUACUUGGCUACAACGGCGCAUUAAUUCACUGUGCUGACACUUAAUCUUUAAUGUUAUAGGCUGUGCCGUUGUUGCUGCCAGCCAUGAAAUCCUCUUGAACUGUCCUUCAGACAAGUCUAACUUGUUUUGUCAUGAAGAUCAAUAUUUUAUUACUAUGUGCAAACUCAGACAGAGAGACCUGUAUUCAUCAUGUCUCAGUGGAAUAUUAAAGCCAUAAUUUCCCUCUUCUUGAGAUGAGUGGUAUGGGACACUGACUAUUAUUUAUAUCAGUUUUAUUACAGGCAUUUUUAACUUUA